AUGCCCGCCAUGCCGUCAACCGCGCUCCUAAACAACGGCGUUGCGCGCAAGCCCGAUCUGUCUCUCGUGUCCGACGACGACCUUGUCUACGAGCAGGACAUACAGCGUAGCCCCGGCAGCAUAAAACCAUGGCUGGCGUACAUCGAGUUCAAGCUCCAGCACGGCACCGUGCAGGAGCAGGCCUACGUCCUCGAGCGCGCCUGUAACCAGUUGCCGCGGUCCUACAAGCUGUGGAAACCUUACCUCACCUUCCGGACCAAGCACGUCUCCAAGCUUAACGCUGCCGUGUUCGCCUCUGAAUAUCGCAAGGUUAAUGCGCUUUUUGAGCGGGCGCUGAUCCUGCUCAACAAGAUGCCGAGGAUAUGGGAGAUGUACCUCAAGUUUUUGAUGCUUCAGCCCCUCGUCACGCUGACGCGACACACCUUCGAUCGCGCCCUGAGAGCGCUUCCUUUGACCCAGCACAACAGGAUAUGGGCACUCUACCGACCAUUUGCAAACUCGGCCGGCGGCUUGACGGCGGUCAAGAUCUGGCGGCGAUACAUGCAGGUUCAUCCAGAAGACGCAGAGGACUUCAUCGAGCUGCUCGUCCAAGAGGGCCUCUAUAAUGAGGCCAUCCACAAGUACAUAUCCGUACUCAACAACCCGCGGUUCCAGAGCAAGAACGGAAGAGGGCACUACGAGCUGUGGAGCGAGAUGGUGGACCUCAUCGUCGAGCACGCCGCCACAGUUGAGACAGGCCACGAGACGGGAAUCGACGUCGAGCGAAUUAUACGGAGUGGGAUUGAGAAAUUCGCGGACCAGAGGGGCAAGUUGUGGGUUGGACUCGCGUCGUACUGGAUGAGGAGGGGGAGCUUCGAGCGAGCAAGAGACACAUUCGAGGAGGGCAUCACAACCGUUAUGACCGUUCGCGACUUCACCCUGGUUUUCGACUCAUACGCCGAGUUCGAAGAGUCCAUCAUAGGCGCACUGAUGGAGGUCGCACAGACUCGCGGCGAGCAGGGGAUUGUUGACGAAAAUGCAGACUUCGACUUGGACAUCCGGAUGAUGAGGUUCGAGCAUCUGAUGGAUCGCCGCCCAUUUCUCUUGAACGAUGUACUGCUGCGCCAGAACCCAAACAAUGUCAACGAGUGGGAGAAACGCGUGGCAUUAUGGGGUGACAACAAGGUACAGGUUGUGCAGACAUAUACGGAUGCCAUCGCGGCGAUACAACCUAAAAAGGCCGUCGGGGCCUUCCAUCAACUCUGGGCAAACUAUGCCAAGUUUUACGAGAAGGGAGGCGAUGUCAGAAACGCACGGAUCAUCAUGGAGAAGGCCGUCAAGGUGCCAUUCAAGUCCGUGGCCGAGCUGGCCGACAUGUGGAUCGAGUGGGCAGAGAUGGAGUUGCGAAACGAGAAUUUCGACGAGGCUGUCAAGAUCAUGGCCAAGGCGGUACAGUCACCUAAGCGCUCGACAGUGGACUAUUUCGACGAGACGCUUUCACCACAGCAAAGAGUCCACAAGAGCUGGAAACUGUGGAGCUUCUACGUCGACCUGGUAGAAAGCGUCAGCUCCCUUGAGGAAACGAAGAAAGUCUACGAGAGGAUAUUUGAGCUUCGGAUCGCCACACCACAGACGGUGGUCAACUAUGCCAAUCUACUGGAGGAAAACAAUUAUUACGAGGAAUCUUUCAAGAUAUACGAACGCGGCCUCGAUCUCUUCAGCUACCCGGUUGCCUUUGAGCUGUGGAAUCUAUACCUCACCAAAGCCGUGGACCGAGAAAUUGGCAUCGAAAGGCUGCGAGACCUGUUUGAGCAAGCCAUUGAGGACUGUCCGCCAAAGUUUGCCAAAGUUCUGUACCUAAUGUAUGGAAACCUGGAAGAGGAGCGGGGCCUCGCUCGACACGCAAUGCGCAUCUACGAGAGAGCGACAAGAGCAGUAGCGGAUGAGGACCGCGCGGACAUGUUUAAUUUCUACAUCACCAAGUCGGCGUCCAACUUUGGCCUGCCGUCAACCAGACCAAUCUACGAGCGAGCCAUCGCCGCCCUACCAGACAGCGAGGCACGCGAUAUGUGUCUCAAGUUUGCGGACAUGGAGAAGAGACUGGGCGAGAUCGAUCGUGCCCGCGCCAUCUACGGACACGCCUCGCAGUUUUGCGACCCACGCACCAACCCAGACUUCUGGACCAAGUGGGAGCGUUUCGAGGUGCAGCACGGAAACGAGGAUACGUUCAAGGAGAUGCGCCGGAUCAAGCGCAGUGUCCAGGCGCAGUACAACACCGAUGUCAACUUCAUCGCAUCACAGGCCAUCGCAAGGAGUCAGGCGGCGGCGGCAGCAGCACAGGCGCAAGGAGAAGGCGGCGGGGGCGAGGCGGACCAGGAGGUCAUGGACGCCAUGGCGGCACUGGAGAGACAAGCUCGGGCGCCUGUCGGCUUCGUUGCCGCAGAAGACAACCCCAGAGGCGAACCGGCCGCCCAACCCGUGGCCGCGAACCCGGAUGCGAUUGAACUUGAUGAUAUGGACGAAUGAUAGAUAUUUGAUUUAUGUCGGCCAGAUAUAGGGCAACGAUGGGGCCGGCAAACCUGGGGCGGCAAGGCACCAACAAAAACACUACUGGAAGACGCCCACUUUGGUUUACUCCUAGUCAUUUCCCUGCGUCCAGGCAUGACGACCCAAGGGGGCAGAAAUGCACCGCCUUUACGUUUUCUUUUCCAUGGCAGUCAACUUUAUUCAAUUGAAAAAGAUAUUUACU